AUGGCUGACGCCGAGGUGAAAGAUAAGUCACUGGUGCAUCUUACUCUACAUCAGACUAUAAUACCUGUGAUGACUUUGAAAGACACCGUGUGCUUCAUCCCUCUUCACUCACCAUUAAUGAAUGAGUGCCGAAGAUUUUGGGGAGAUAAAGGAACGACAUACUACCAUGCAUACGAGAUCGCUAUUGCUAUGCAUAAGAUUGCACCAAUGGACUUGAUAAAGACAAACGAUGGAUGCUUAGUUCGGACUGCUUUAUCCCAAGAUCUUCAGAACCACAGCUUUAUGAGUUCGUGGCCUGGGGCUAUGACUCGUCUCGCCAACCUCCUUUCGUUCGAUAUCUAUAUCACAAUUUUUGUUGAAGGUGACUAUACUAUGGUGAAAGGCUACUUGAAAUGUAUUAUGCCCGCAGCAGACAACAUUGGCCAUAGAUUGGACCAGAACUGGGUAAUUGAAUGUUUUACAUAUGGAGGCCAAGGCAUGCGAGAUUCCCUUGAGGUUGCGGAGGUUGCGGAGGUUGCGGAGGUUGCGGAGGUUGCGGAGGUUGCGGAAUUUGUGGAGGUUAUAGUAUCUUUGGUGGUAGUAGACGUUGUCGAGUAA